CACAGGUCAACUGAGAGGGACAUCUUUUGUGGUAUAGCGAUAAUUUUCUUGAACAGUGAACAUUUGUACCGCGUUCCUUUCGUUUAGCGUUUUUUGUGUAGUGCUAUCGAUUCGUGAUCGUCGAUUCACUGUUGUUUCGGAACAAAGAUAAAUUUGCAAUUGUCAGAACGGUCCAUGCCAUAUUCUAGUAGUCAGAAUGAAAAUCACUGUAAAAACCUUAAAGCAGCAGACAUUCUAUUUGGAAGUAGACGUCGAGAAUGGUACAGUUGUCAUGCUGAAGGAAAUGAUCAGUGCCGUUACCGGCUCUGAGUACCCGGUCGAACGUCAAAUGCUAAUCUAUCUCGGCAAAGUGAUGGAAGAUGAGAAUUCGCUUAGCUACUACAACCUUUCGGACAAGCGGUUCGUCGUAGUAAUGAACAAAAAGACCCCAACAAAACCUGGGCCGUCUGUUUUGCCUACUGGAAUUGACGCGUUGGAAAAAGGUCAGCAGUCGAGUGCCGGUAGCUCCGCACCGAGCAAGCAGACGGAGUCUGUCCAACAAGGCAAAAAGCCAGCAGAACAAAGAGUAAUUGAAGUUAUAGGUGACGGGCCGGGAGUGGGCCAAACUGGGGAGACUUCCGAGGGAGCAGCUUCAUCCUCGCCGGCAUCGUCUACUGCCGCCCCACCUGCCACUACUAGUACCGAUAGCAAUCAACAGACGGCUUCGGCCGACGCUGCAAAGGACGAAAAUCCCAGCCCAUCAACCGGCGCAGUACCAGAAGAGCUGCUAGUCAAUGUACAAAGAAUUAAAGAGAUGGGUUACUCGGAAGAGAGCGCCAUUAUCGCGCUGGAAAUUUGCGCGAACAAUCCUGACCGUGCGGUUGAAUACCUGUUGAUGGAGAAUAUGGGCGAGUCAUCCGCUGUUGCUAGCGAAGGCAGGGGCGAAGGGCUUGGAAUUGGCGGAUGGGGUGCAGCGCAGCUAGCUGUGGAAAGCAUGAGCGGAUCGGACGCCGGAACCGGCGGCAACCCGCUCGCGUUCCUGCGCGAUAACCCCGUGUUUGCCGACAUGAAGCGUCUGCUGCGAGAGGACCGAACGCUGUUGCCGUUGCUAAUGCAGAAAAUCCAAUCCAGCAAUCCAGAUCUUAUGCGCAUAAUCACCAACAACCAGGAGGAGUUUCUAGAACUGAUCAAUGAGAGCUCGGAUCCGAGACAAGAGAAUAGAGGGUCGCAAGAACUGGAAGGCAUCGCUGCCGCUAUGGUGAACAGUCUGACGCCGUCCGACAUGGACGCAAUUGAUCGUUUAAAGGCUCUCGGAUAUCCUGAGCAUCUUGUUAUCCAGGCGUAUAUUGCGUGCGAGCGCGACGAGUAUAAGGCGGCCGAGUUUCUCGUCUCGCAGACACUCGACGACGACGAUUAGGCGAUUCGAUAUAAAAGGUUCACACGUUCUUUACUCUUAUUAGGAAUGGUAAUAUCCCACUCACUACAACACCCACGCAAACUCUUUCACCCGUUUAUGUAGUACUGGUACCCACAAGGGUGUGCCUUUUCGUUUGUAUGUGGACAUGAAAUUCAGAUACAUUGUAUCGCGUAACACUAAACUUAACACUUGAGAGAGUCUCGGAACGAAGAACCUCUGAAGAAAAAAAACUUAAUGAUUUAAGCAUAGACUUAAUCUUACUUUCCAGUUCCAGCGAAAUAAUUAAACCAACACAUUUCACAGAUAGUCGCAACAGCGAACUCAAAACACAAAAAUUGUUUCAUCAAAAAGCCUGAGCGCUUGCCGUUUGGCCGUUGUGUGCGUUGCGCUUAUGGAAAUUCCUCCAACGAAGUGUGGUUCAAAAGCCGUUCAUUUCAGCACACCCGCCCCGUGGGGCAUCUGCGUUUUCAUACCUAUAACAUAAAUGCGCAUCUUUUGAUUUUGCUGCAUCUAUCAAAAAAAUUAUUCAUGUUUCUCUCUGCACUCCAAAGCCCCAAAGAAAGACGUGUACGAAGAUGAAGAUGUGUACGACUUUGCGUGUGUUUGGUGGUGUUCCUAUCAACUUUUUGUUCUAAUGCAAAACAAAAUUGUAUUUUUCUUAUCUGUAAGAACAGACCGAGCCGUAUGUACGAUGAACUUUGUUAUUCAAUAAAAUUCAGUGAAUGAAUUCAGAAAUAAGCCAUUUUCAACGCACUUCCUAUCAUACAUACGGCCCACUCCGUUCGUCAGAGUUUAAACAAACCGCCUUUCCUCAAAAAAAAUAUCUUAUUUUCAAAAAAAUAACUCUCAGUGCCUAGAUUUCUUCUGUCUCAUUAUUUGAAAAUGUUGGGAGUAUAAUAUCUACGGAAAGUCCAGUAAUAA